AUGGACCGGCUGUCUGCGCUUUUAUCACUGAGCUCCGAGACCGGUAGUCCAAGUCCCUCCGUGUCUAGAAUCGCGAUAAUAGGCGCCGGCCCAGUCGGAGUCGCGUGCGCCAAAUAUUUCGUCGCGGAAAAGGCCUUCUCAAAGAUCGACAUAUACGAGCAGCGAGACCGAGUCGGCGGCAUUUGGAACUUAUCCGAACCGAAUCGAUCAAAGUGUAUACCGAUACCGCAGACUAAUCCGCGGUAUGGCCAUCACAAAGACGGCGCGUCGUCCUCGGAAGAUCUGGAGUCGUUGGAGUUCGAAUCGCCACUCUACGACUAUCUAGAGACGAAUAUCCCAAAGGAGUUAAUGGCCUUUUCUGAUAAGCCUUUCCCCGAGGAGGAACCACUGUUUCCAAGUCAUCAGGCGGUGUUGAGGUAUUUGGAAGAAUAUGCCGAUGAUGUUCGGCAUUUGAUCCGGUUCAGCACGGCCGUGAGAGAUGUCCGUCCAGCUGUGCAUGGAGAUGAGGUUACAGACACGAAUGAGGGAUACGAAAGGUGGGACCUCACGGCUGAGGACCUCAAGACCAAGGAAACCAUGAGAGAGAGGUAUGAUGCCGUGGUCGUUGCAAACGGUCAUUACACUAUCCCGCACGUGCCUGAUAUCAAGGGCCUGAAGGAAUGGAACGCCACAUACCCCGGGGUGGUCAUCCACUCAAAGGCCUACCGAUGUCCCGAGGAUUACAGGGACCAAAAAGUGAUAGUGAUUGGAAACUCUGCGUCCGGACUGGACAUAGCGGCACGGAUUGGGAAAUAUUGUCAGAAGCCAGUACUGCUCUCGUCGAGGUCAGUGUCGGCUUUUGGGACCCUGCCAGCACGAGGGAACCGUGAAGAUGUCGACGAGAUUGUGCAGUUCCUUCCACCACACGAGGACAUGCAGAGAGCGGUGAGAUUCAAGAGCGGUCGGAUAGAGAAGAACAUCGAUGCAGUGGUUUUCGCGACGGGCUUUUUCUAUUCAUAUCCAUUCCUGGCGAACCUGUCUCCCACCAUCAUCACCGACGGUCUGAGGACAAGAGGCACGUACGAGCAUCUGUUCAGCAUCGACCACCCGACACUGGCGUUCCCUGUCAUCAACCUCAAAGUCAUUCCUUUCCCCCUGUCGCAGAACCAGGCGGCUGUGUUGGCUAGGACAUGGAGUGGUCGACUCAUAUUACCCCCGAAGCACGAGAUGCGAGACUGGGAGCGAGAAGUGAUCCGGAAGAACGGUGAUGGGAAGAACUUCCACCUCAAGAGGUUCCCUGAAGACGCGGCACAAAUCAACGAGCUGUUUGCACAGGCAUUAAAGGCGGAGAGGAAAGACGGACUCGAGAAUGACGGUCUUGGGAAACUGGGCACCAGUUGGGAUGAACGGCAGGUGUGGAUGAGGUCGAGGUUCCCUGAUAUCAAGGCUGCGUACUCGGCGAAGGGCGAAGACAGGGGCAAAAUCAAGAGGAUCGAGGAGCUGGGGUUCGACUUUGAUAGAUGGCGAGAACAUGUCGAGGACAAAGACCUGGAGAUGUUUCAUCGUGCCAAAUGUGCACAGACAAGACGGUAG